UUUCGCGGCGCACCCCCACAAGAAGAAGCACUUUGUCUGGACUGAAGGGGAAAAAAGAAGAGGAGGUGUAGGGACACCGAAUGGGACUGACCCGGUUCAGUUUAGCCGCAUAUCUCUUCCUGCAGGGCAGAGGCCCGACCGAGGAGGAGACCCCCAUGAUACGGAGGGAGAGGAGUGUGCGAUAAGGGUGCUGAGGGAUCGGGGCUUGUAAAGCCAAGGACGGUGGUCUGUGGGAGCAGGGGGAGGCCGGUUUUUGGAGGSACAUCAGAGCCCGGCACGCGUGGAAGGAUGGUGGUGAUGCAGCGGGAGCAGAGCGGAGGAUUCCCGCAGAGCCCGACUCACCGCUCCGCCGCCGCUGCAGUGACAGACGUCAACCCCAAAACCGGAUUUCCAGACAGAUGCGCGAAACACUGACCACCACCCCUCCUUCACACAUCCAUCCUCCGCCUCCUCACUCAUUAUAGCCCAGUGUGUCCACCCAGGGGUUCGGACGCACCAGUURGUCUGAGGCGCUCGGACCGGAGCGAAAGUGGGGGGGAAAGAUGUUGGCGCGAUGCUACCGGGCCAAGCUGUCCGUGUGGGCCGCCCUGUGCGUGCUGGUGCUCUGCUGGUUUUACGCCUUCCCGGUCUACAGACUCCCGAGCGACAAAGAAAUCGUGCAGGAGGUGCUGAGGCAGGGGGACGUGUGGCACAAGAACCAGACCGGCAUCGAUUUGUACAGGAAGCUGCUGACAGGAUGCUGCGACCCCAGGCGAAUGUUUGCGGUGACGAAGGAGAACUCUCCUCUGGGCAAGGUCCUGUGGUACGACGGGGAGUUUUACCACUGGCACACCGUCAACAACGAGACACAUUCACUUUUUGUACAAAGCAACCCUCUGCAGCUGCCCCUGAAGAAGUGUGCCGUGGUGGGCAACGGUGGUAUACUGAGACACAGCAAGUGCGGACAGGACAUCGACCAAGCUGACUUCAUCAUGCGAUGCAACCUUCCACCUCUCACAAAGGAAUACGUAGACGAUGUGGGAACGAGAACACAUCUGGUCACUGCCAACCCCAGCAUUAUAGAGAAGAGAUACCAAAACCUUCUGUGGUCCAGAAAAGCUUUUGUAGACAGUAUGAAGGUCUACGGCUCCAGCUACAUCUACAUGCCGGCGUUUUCCAUGAAGCCUGGUACCGACCCAUCGCUGCGAGCGUAUUACGCGCUGUCGGACACCUCCUCUAAUCUCACCAUGCUCUUUGCAAACCCCGAAUUCCUGCGUUCGGUGGGCAAGUUCUGGAAAGGCCAUGGCAUCCACGCCAAGCGCCUCUCCACGGGGCUGUUUCUGGUCAGCUUAGCCCUGGGGCUGUGCGAGGAAGUGACCACCUACGGGUUCUGGCCAUUUUCYGUGGGCCUGGACGAGCAGCCCAUCAGCCACCAUUACUACGACAACAUCCUGCCCUACAAAUGGUUCCACGCCAUGCCCGAGGAGUUUGUCCAGCUCUGGCACCUGCACAAAAGCGGCACUCUGCGCAUGAGGGUGGGGCRCUGUCUCCCGCAGACAGGAGGAAGGUAGAGAGCACCCGGAGGACCGAAGCAAUCCAGGUUCAGGUGAAGAAAAUGAGAUUGCCAUGCAUCAGUCCAUUGCUGAUUUAAGAUAAAGGAGAGCAGCACACAUUCCUUAUGAGGAUUUCCUGUGCUGUAUCUCUCUGUCCAUUCAAUUUCCUGUYGUUCUCCAAACGAAUCCCUGAUUUUUAAAAGAAUGUCAUCCUCAGAUAACACAUGGACACACAAAUGGAAAGUAUGCUCACACUCCCCAAAACUUUGCCAUGCGUCUGCACUUGUUUUUGAAGUUGUGUUUUCUUGUAUGUGUUUUUUUUUAAUUGGAAGAAUCGGCUGUGAAAGGAUGCAGAGGGGAUGGCUUUUUAUCUGGCUGACAGUUUUGGCAACUGGACCCAACCCCCCUUCUGGGUCUUUGUUGAAAAGAAACAGAUGGAAAGAGCAAAGGGGAAACACGAAAACCUAUGGAAGGCUGGUGAAAGAGAGGAAAAAUACCCUGGUAUUUUAUGGCUUGAAUAGGAAUGGAAGUAAAUGAAGGGAGGAAAAAUGUGGCCGGGGUAUGAUUUAUCUCUUUGUUUUUCUGCAUCCAUGCACUUGAUUGGCAUUCUCUGUAGUGCCAAAUAGAGUUUUAGUUCUUAGCAGGAACUAUUAGAAACUGAUUCUUGAGAACUCCAUCCCUUCGAAUGUGUUGCAUUUUAACCCUUUACCAAAAAAGGGAAAACUGCACUCUGGUGUCAUGUAAGUUGUUGUUUUUGUAUUGCCAAAUGUAAUGUUUCAGGUGUACUGUAAAUUCUUUUAUUUUUUAUUCAUCACGGGAGAUAACAUUGUUGGUGUGAAUACUCAGAGAAGAACAAUUCUUGCCAACAAAGAGAACAGAAAGUCAUACAUACCUCACAGUUUUAGUUCCUUUUCCUGUCCGACUCUUUGGUACAACUUUGUCACAAGCAGGCUCUUUAGUUAAUAUCACAGCCUGCUGGAAGUCAUCUUUUAGUAACUGUACUAUAUUUGUCUAGCGCCAAGCCAAGGGAACAAUGGACUCUUUGAUACCGCCUUACACAGUACUUGUGCGAUACUGACUGAAGGAUGAGGUAGUGACAGACAAAAGGGAGUCUGUGUCACUAAGUGGCAUUUUACUCAAUGCUGUUUUUUUCUUGUUAGAUGUAGAACACGUUAAUGGGUAAAUGGUGAUUUUUUUUUUGUUUGCCUUAUUAUUUGCACAAGAAGAAAAAAAUUCACUCAUGUAAAAGUCAAUGCAACUCAGAAGUUUUUUUGUUUUUGUUUUGUUUUGUUGUUUUUUUUUUGCACUUGAAAGUGUUUUAGAUUGAGAACAAUGUGAUUUAUUUAAAGAAUUUUGUUCUUAAAAAUGUUACUUAAAAGUGUGAGGAAAAAAAUACUGUGCCAUGCUACUUUUGGUACUUUGGAAAUAGAGGAAAUGCGCCCCAGUUAAGGUACGAAACAUGUUCAUAUAGGUUAGUGCUUUAUGUCCAGUCUGUUACAUUGAACAAGGUCCAGUGCCUUUUUUAAACAUAAAUUGAAGGAGAAUUUAAUGUUUUGUGAGUUUCCCCAAUAAUGUGGCUACUGUGAUUUGAUUCUUUUGUCACUAAAGUAAAAAGAAAAAAAAAAAACAGCAUGAUAAUAUGAAACUAAAACUCGCGUGCCAUUUUGAAGUGGGCGGGAUGGUCGAAAAAUAAAAUUUCAUCCAUCUAUUAUGACUUCAUUCAUUUCCGUUGCCCUUAUUUCGARUUGACUAGUGGGGGCUGCAGCUUGAGCAGGGAGGCCCACACCUCUCAUUCCCCAGCCACAUCUUCCAGCUCCUCUUGGAGAAUUCAAAGGCAUUCCCAGACCAAAAAGACACAUAGUCUUUCCAGCGUGUCCUGGGUCUUCCUCGAGGUCUUUUCCCAGUCGGACAUGCCUGAACCUCGCAAGUGAGGCGUCAUUGAGAUAUCCUUACAAGAAGCCCGAACCACCUCAACUGGCUCCUCUUGAUGUGGAGGAGCAGYGGCUCUACUCUGAGUCUCUUGCAGAUAACUGAACUUCUCACCCUAUCUCUAAGGGAGAGCCCACCCUGUGGAGAAAACUCAUUGUGACCGCCUGUAUCAUUCCUUUGGUCACUACCCAAAGAUCAKGAYCUCUUCACCACAACAGACCGUUACAGAGUCCACRAAACUGUGGAAGCUGCACUGAUCCAUCAGCCARUCUCCUGCUCCAUUCUUCCCUCACUAUGAACAAAACCCAGAGAUACUUAACUCCUCCCUUGAGGCAGAACCCCAUCCCCAACUCAGAGAGAAAUCCACUCUUUUCCAACUGAGGACCAUUAUGGAAGAAUAGCCCAUGGACUCAAAUUUGGAGGUGCUGUAUGGCAAGGCGCGUGGAUCAAAAAUCAUACGUAUAUUUACACCUUAUUCUAAUCCGUAAUGUGCGGGCUGCUGCGUUUUUUACAUGCAAAAGCGUUGUGAAUCAGAACUUGCUGUAGAUAACACGUGAACAUCAUUAGCAUAUCACAGAGAUGGAAUCCUGAGACCACCGAACCAGAUUCCCUCUGCCCUUUUGAUUGGUAAAGUUUUGUCUUUUGAGGGGAAAACUUUAAUUUCUUCUAGUCAGCGUAUGAGGCUGUUGCUUUUUCCAUCAUAAAACACAAGCUUUCUCGUAGUUUGGUUAAACAGUUCACUACUUUCAUCUACAUAAUCAUCAUAUUAUCAUAUACUGUAGGUUUGUUUUAGUGAAAGCAUAUACGUCCAUUCUAAAUGUAAGCUUAUCAUUUACUCUCGCCUGAAUCCCACCAGCUGUCCUCCAUUUAUUCAUCAAGCAAAUUUGAAUCAAUUUUUUUUUCCAAUCCCACAGAAUAAAAACCCCAACACACAGGCUGUUAUAAACUGUCGUGGUCAAACUUUGUUGGAACAAAUGGAGCAGUGGAGGUGUAGUGGUAGAGCAGCUGACUUGAGACCAGAAAGUCACAGGUUSGACUCUCCACCAUGCCCACAUGUUUUGGUGUCCUUGAGCACAACAUCUAAUGCCCAACUGCUCCCCGGGUGCAGAGCACAAAUUUCACCCUUGCAUGGGAACAUGCAUCUUUACCCCAAUAAGAGGCUCAAAAAAAUCAUUUGGAGGAAGGAUUGACACAGUUGUGUUUGAAUUUGGAUGUUUAUGGGAUCAGACGUACAGUGAAUGUAGCAUUAUUUAUUGUUGGUGUUUGUAAAAAAAAAAAUAAAGUUGACUAUCUCCACCUUAUUGGAAUGCGACAAAGUUUGCAAAAAAAUCUGAAUAUCUGACUAAGGCAACUCAGGCAAACUACAAGAUGUGUUUUUUAUUUUUAUUAUGAGUGAGCAGUAUCUCGUUAAAUAAACCUCAUUAAAAAAACUGUCAUGAAUAUAUCAGUUUCUUUUAAAAAUAUGCAUUUUAUUGAGUUGAAUAGAUCUCACGAAAGACACCCGCAUGUUAAUUUAGGUAAUUUUGUUCCAAUAAGUGCUCAAACUUGUUUUAAUUCAGUUUAUUCUACUUUUCAUAAUCUUGUUUUUAUUUGCACUUUUUUGUCAUUUACUGACCAGUAUUGUGAAUGAAUGAUCUGUGACUAUUUAAAUGGUUUGUAAGCAUGAAGAUUUAUAAACGUGGAUGUACUUUACUUCUGUGUUUUUUAUUUUUAUUUUUUCAUUCAAAACACGCCUGUUAAAUGAUAAGAACAAACUGCAAAGCUUUUUUUUUUUUUUUUUUUUUGUGGAAGCUGAAGUAAAAAUUGUAAAUAAUGAUCCGCUGUUGUUAGUUUUAGAUUUUCCUUUCAAAAUAGUGAAAAAAAAAAAUCCACUUCAAGGAACUCAGAUCCAAAUAAACUGCAGGUACGUCUGCAACAAAACAAAUUUUAAUCUCAUUGUGUGUGACCUCUUGAUAUUUGUUUAAGGUUGCGGUUAAGAACACUUUUUUAUUGUUAGUACAGUUCAGAUAGUUGGCAGCACAAAUCACACAAUCCAUUCAUCACACCAGGCUGGAUCCCUGACAAACAGAUUUUUUCAAAUAAAUGGUGAUUAAAGCCACUUUUUGUUGUAUUAAGUCUCCCUCCAACACCCCUCCAUGCUAAAGAAAGAACAUGAAAUGUCAAAGUUAAUUGCAACUAUUUGAGGGUUAUUUGAAACCUAAAUGUUUUUUUUAUUUGCCUCUGAAAAGGAGUAAAGCCAGUAGGCUAUUUUGACCACUCUGAUUUUUUUUCACUUCCUAUUGUUAUUUGAGUCAUUCGUUGUGAAAAACCCACACUUAGGCUUGUAAUAAAGCAAGAACUUUUCUUUAAAACAAACUGAACUGACUGAAUGCAACACYUAAAUGUAUCUGUGAGCAACUAAUAAGGACAAAAGAAUGGAAACUUCUACAAGACAAGAUAAACACUGGUAUCCAGUCAAGAGAACCCACAUAAAUGUGUGAUUCCAUUCAAAAUAGUUUUAUUUUUCAGAGCUGUACCAUGUGUUAUUUMUAUAUGUUCUGCUAAAUAAAGAAUAUAAAACAGCAA